AUGGAGGAUACACAACAUUUAGUGCUAGAAGAACACUCGAUGGAUGGUGCAAUGGAAGAGUUUUUUUCCUCAUUGCUCAUGAAUGCAGCAAACGGUAAUCAUCAUCCAAUUCUCGGAAUGAGUAAUUUUCUAGAAAGAAAUCUAACAAGUAGUAAUAACGACAAUUUCCAUCAUUCCGAUGACCCAACGACAGAAACUCUGGUACAACAUCAAAUUAACCAGCCCUCGCAAGGCUUGUUCUCUGACUUUUUAAAGUUUUUUUAUAAUACCAAAUCGAGUCAGGUGUUCGAAAGUGUAAAGUCUCAAGAGGACUCGAAUGAAACAUCAAUUUUUAAUACAGAACACCGAAGAAUGAGAAGAAAAAUUUAUGAGAAAGUGAAAAAGGAGAUGCUCAAUUUGAGACAAGGAGGUGACAAUCAACAAUCGUCUAACACUUUGAAAGAAAUAAUCAUUCCUAAAAAAAGAGAAAUGUACAAAAUCAUGGAUACCAUGUUUGCAAGACCUCAUCCCAUUAGUCUUAAAAUGGUCACUUAUGGAUUUAAGAAAUUAUGGGCUACACGAUUUAGAGAUAUUGUGGAGUGUGGAAUGGCUGCUACAAUGAAAACUGUGAAAGAGAAGUAUCCACAUCAUCCUGUGAUUUAUGUUCCAAAUCAUAGAAGCUACAUGGACUUUUUACUAUUAAGCUAUUUUUGUGUUUGCUGUAAAAUUUAUCCUUUACCCAAUAUAAUAGCAGGAGAGGACUUCUUACAAAUGAUGCUCGUUAGUGAUGUCAUGAGACAAUGUGGAGCUCUUUUUAUGAAGAGACAAUUUAACGACCAACCAGUGUAUAAGGCAAUAUUUAAUGAGUAUGUCACAACUUUACUUGAAGAAGGAAAUUAUUUAGAGUUUUUCGUAGAAGGUACAAGAUCAAGGAAUGGAAAAACUCAUCAUCCAAAAUUUGGAAUUCUCAACAUCAUUCUGGAUGCUUUCUUAAAGAAGCGAGUAGACAACGUCAUAUUUGUUCCAGUUUAUUUCAGCUAUGAAUAUAUGGUAGAAUCGAAUUCACAUGUGAGAGAAAUGUUAGGGGAAACAAAAGCCAAAGAAACAACUAUUAACAUGUUUUCAAGCAUGAUGCAAUUAAUGUCAGAGAAUUUUGGAGAUGUUGCAGGUAAAAUAGGGGAGCCAAUUAGUUUGAAAGAUUUUUAUAACAGUCCUGAAAAUGCAAAUGUGAAAAACAAUAGGAGGGAUCUCUCCUCUGCACUUGGAUUUACCAUAACCAAACAAUUGAACAAUAAUUAUAUUGCAAUUACUUCUCAUAUAGUAUCAGCACUUGUCUUGCAAACUGUUGGAGAUGUAAGGCUCUGUGAUAGAAGAUCAAGUAUACCUUUAGAAGCUCUCAUUGACAACGUUGAUUGGCUCUUGAAGGAACUAAAAACUCGAAAAGUACCCAUCUAUCUCAACAGUAAGGAAACCACUCCUACAAAUGUGGUUGAACGAUGUUUAACGGUCUUUAAAGGACAUGUGGAUUUAAGAGGAGACACUGUUUUCAUUGGGGAAAAUCGUGAUUGUUUACUGCUAUCCAUCUACAAGAACGCUCUUGCAUCAGUAUUCACAAGAGACUCUAUUUUAUUAUGUGCUCUUCACUCAUUCAUUGUUGCUGACGUCAAUUUUUGUGAACAAAAGGAAUUAGAAAUUACUGGAAUUGAUAAGGAAGAGUGGAAGGAGCGAAGCUCUGUUUUGGGUGAAUUGAUAAGUUUAGAAAUUCAUCCACAAGAUAUGCUCGAUACAAGUGACAAGUUUGAGAAUGCGCUCUCAUAUUUGAAGGAAAGAGGAAUUUUAUCAGUGGAAGAAACUUCUAUUGCUAAUGACAACACCAUUUCGACAAGGGUGAAUGUGAUCAUUAAGGAUUUAAGAUUUCACGAGUUUGUUUGUUCUCUCAUUUGGCCAUGGAUUGAUACGUACUCAAUGGUCAUUGGUUAUUGUUGUAUGGUGACGACCAGGACUAAUACUCAUACCUUUCCAACGAAUGAAUUCGUGAAAAAGGCUCAGCAGUUUUUGGAAGAGCUGCACAAAGAAACGGCAAUUCCCUAUUACGAAAGUGUUUCGGUAUUGACCAUAAGAAAUGCAGUUUCACGAUUUGUAACGUGGAACAUUUUGCAAAGAGUGUUCAUCAACAAUAUUCAUACCAUACAAAUAAGAUCUCACUAUGCCAACCAACCAAACGAGCUUAUUGAUUGGUGGACCAUGGUUUCGCUUUAUGGAAAAUACAAGCCAAAAGAAAACUUUUUAGAUGUUUAUGGAGCUGCAGUUCCAAAUUACAGGAUUUCCAAGCUGUAG